GUGGCAAAAAGAUGUCAGUGGUGCAUUGUAUACAAAGCACGUCCCGAGGUGCCUAGGAUGGCGCCUCUACCGGCGGCACGAGUAACUCCAUUUGUCCGCCCGUUUUCACUUGUGGGCAUCGAUUAUUUCGGUCCGUACAUGAUUAAGAUCGGCCGGAGUCAAGUGAAGCGUUGGGUAGCACUUUUCACUUGCUUAGUAGUAAGAGCUGUCCACUUGGAAGUAGCUGCGUCACUUUCUACUGAAUCAUGUAAGCUAGCGUUGCGGCGAUUCAUCGCUCGUCGGGGUGCACCAACACAAAUUUAUACGGACCACGGAACAAACUUUGUGGGUGCCAGUCGAGAGUUGGCCAGUCAGCUUGUCGCAACUAAUCGUGAGCUAGCAGAGAUCUUCACCGAUACCAACACUCGGUGGUUUUUCAUCCCACCAUCUUCCCCGCACAUGGGCGGUGCAUGGGAGAGGAUGGUCAGAGCAGUAAAGACAGCAAUGGAAUCGGUUGGCAGUUGCCGUGCACCAUCGGAAGAAGUGUUCCAAACCAUUCUGUGUGAAGCGGAAUCAAUGGUUAAUUCCAGACCGUUGACGUACGUGCCACUUGAGACAUCGGAUCAGGAGGCAUUAACUCCAAACCAUUUUAUACACCUUAGCAGCAAUGGAGUCAAGCAACCGGACAAAAUACCUGCUACGGAGAGCGAGGCUCUGCGAAACGGGUGGAAUUUGUGUCGCUAUAUUCUGGAUAAAUUCUGGGCUAGAUGGAUCCGUGAAUAUCUGCCGGUCUUAACUCGACGUACCAAGUGGCAUGAAGAAGUAAGACCCAUUCGGGAAGGAGAUAUGGUGUUCAUCAUAGGAGAGAGCAUUCGGAACCGGUGGCCUCGGGGUAAGGUCGUACAAGUCAUCCCAGGACGAGAUGGUCGCAUUCGACAGGUAGACGUCCAGACAACAACAGGGGUUCUACGCCGUCCCGUGGCGAAGCUUGCCUUGAUUGAUGUACUUCCGGCUAGUAAUCCUGCUGGUCUGGCGCAGCAUUACGUGGAGGGGAAUGUUGCGGGAGGCGUUACGAACAUCGACGCUGCAUCCGAAAAUUCCCACAGGGAUGGGAAGCAGGUCUGACAGACCAGUUGUCAUCCGACAGCUCUGACAGUGUCAGCGAAGAAAAACAAAACCAUAAAAAAGGAAUGAUGAAAACGGUGAAAAUGUGGUGAUGUGAAUUGUGCAGCCUUUUUAUUUAGUAUUUCAUAUAAAACUACCUUAAAAUAUUACCUCUUUACUAUCUUAUGCACUAUACAAAACUAGAUUAGUUACCUUUCAUGCACUACUUAUCCUAUAUUUGAUGAAUUACAACUAAAUUAAACCGAAAAUUAUUAUACGAUCACGAGACUGUUGACUAGACUGAACACUGGACGGUAGCUAAGACGUGGAAACGUAGACUAGAGUCACUGAAAUGUGAG